CGCUGGCUCGCAGCUUCCCGGGAGGAGGAGCGAGCGGCCGCUGGGGAAACAGCGGCUCCGCUCUCCGGGCAAGGGCGGCGGCAGCGGUGCUGGGCGGGGCCGGGCUCGGGGCUAGUGGCGCUGCUGUAGGGGCUGUGCGAGGCACGGUGGGGCUGCGAGGUGCUCGGGCCCGCCAAGAGCCCGUGCGCACUGAGCCGACCCCCGCGGCCACCGUGCUGCUCACUCGGGGUGACGUCGCGCCGGGGUCCCCAGCAUGACCGAGCUACGGCAGAGGGCUGUCCGCGAGGACGCACCUCCGGAGGACAAGGAAUCAGAGUCCGAAGCAAAGCUAGAUGGAGAGACCGCAUCUGACAGCGAGAGCCGAGCGGAAACAGCUCCCCUACCAACCUCCGUAGAUGACACCCCAGAGGUCCUUAACAGGGCCCUUUCCAACCUGUCCUCAAGGUGGAAGAACUGGUGGGUGAGAGGCAUCCUGACUUUGGCCAUGAUUGCGUUUUUCUUCAUUAUCAUUUACCUGGGACCAAUGGUUUUGAUGAUGAUUGUUAUGUGUGUCCAGAUUAAGUGUUUCCAUGAAAUAAUCACUAUUGGCUACAAUGUAUACCACUCCUACGACCUGCCCUGGUUCAGGACCCUCAGCUGGUACUUCCUCCUGUGUGUGAACUACUUCUUCUAUGGGGAGACAGUGACGGACUACUUCUUCACUCUGGUCCAGAGAGAGGAGCCUUUGAGGAUUCUCAGUAAAUACCACCGGUUCAUCUCCUUUGCCCUGUAUCUGACAGGAUUCUGCAUGUUUGUACUGAGUCUAGUUAAGAAGCAUUAUCGGCUGCAGUUCUACAUGUUUGGCUGGACCCAUGUGACCUUGCUUAUUGUCGUAACGCAGUCACACCUUGUUAUCCAUAACUUGUUUGAAGGAAUGAUAUGGUUUAUUGUUCCCAUCUCGUGCGUCAUCUGCAAUGACAUUAUGGCCUAUAUGUUUGGCUUUUUCUUUGGUCGGACCCCACUCAUUAAGCUCUCUCCAAAGAAGACCUGGGAAGGCUUCAUUGGGGGCUUCUUUGCCACUGUGGUAUUUGGCCUUUUGCUCUCCUAUGUGAUGUCUGGGUACAGAUGCUUCGUGUGUCCCGUGGAAUACAACAAUGACACCAACAGCUUCACUGUGGACUGUGAGCCGUCUGACCUAUUCCGCCUGCAGGAGUACAACAUCCCUGGGGUGAUCCAGUCGGCCAUUGGCUGGAAAACGGUGAGGAUGUACCCUUUCCAGAUCCACAGCAUCGCCCUCUCCACCUUCGCCUCGCUCAUCGGCCCUUUCGGAGGGUUCUUCGCCAGUGGAUUCAAACGGGCCUUUAAAAUCAAAGAUUUUGCCAAUACCAUUCCCGGUCACGGAGGCAUCAUGGAUCGCUUUGACUGCCAGUACCUGAUGGCCACCUUUGUCAAUGUGUAUAUCGCCAGCUUUAUCAGGGGUCCAAACCCAAGCAAACUGAUCCAGCAGUUUCUGACGUUGCGGCCAGAUCAGCAGCUUCACAUCUUCAACACGCUCAAGUCUCACCUGACUGACAAGGGGAUUCUGACAUCUGCCUUGGAAGAUGAGUAGAGUCCACCGGGGGCCCAGAGAGCUGGAGCAGGAUGGAGUGGGGGCCAGUCGCCAAGGCCUCCCAGCUGCUGUGACUUAGAUAAUGAAAAGCUUCAACUCACCACCGUCAUUUUUUUUUCUUUUUCCUUUUUGUGCGUGUGUGGUUUUUAAUCUGUAUAUACUGUCUGUUUAUAGUAUGGGCAGUGAGUAAGCUGUAGCUUUGAGUUGCAAAGAAGUCACAGAAAAGAACCAUUUGGGUUUCUGAAGUACAAGUAUUGAGCAACAUGAAGGGCAGUGUUGCCCAGCUCAGGGUGUCUGCUUGGUGGCUCUAACCCCUGCCCAUCCAGUUGUUUCUGGGCUGUGUGAGAGCUCAUACAUUGAUCUGUGUCUGAUGAGUUGAGGGCUUUCCCACCUGGACGGGCCUUCACGGGCUCCACGCUUUUGCUGUCCUUGACACCUUUCAUUGGGGCUUCUGCAGGCAUCUCUGUCUGAGAGCAGUGGAGGGCUGCCUUCUGUAGAACUGUGGGAGAGAGGCUUACUGAUCAGAUGAGCAUCUUGUCCAAGCCAAAAUUCUGCAGAGGGCAGGCGAGCUUUGCUUAUAUAUAGUUUGCUUUCACCGUAUAGACUGAGAGAAGAUUUCAGACUUCUUUUUCUUAGAAAGCAUGAAGGAUUUAUGAAGUAUGGAAAAGAAGCCCUUACAUAUUCCAGAUGUAUGCAGCAGAGUGCACUGUCCCAGCCCUCUCUGCGCCAGCCAGGCACAGUGGCCUCUAGAGGGUGGUCCUGCAGACCGCACCUUUUAGAGCCGAGGCCUCUGUGGUUGUGCCGUGGGUUGGCUACUGUGCUGAGUUCUUCUGGGGGAGCCCUAAGAGGUGGGGAGCAGAGGACUUGUGCUCAGACACCCUUUGCCUGGAAGCCCACUUGUGUUGCUGCUGUGUUGUGUAUAUAGUACUCUGGAGAUGAGCGUAUGUGUGUCUGUUUAAAAGUCACCUUGUUUCCUACGUGAUUUUAGUCAUACCCGAACGUCCUCAGAAUCCCUACAUCCUGCUUAGAACUGUGGCCAGCCUAAUCUGUCAAGAGGCUUGGCUCUCCAAGACUCAGUGUCCACUUUUUAUCAAAUGUGACCGGUGUAGCUGUAGUUUGUCCUUUCCUGGGACCUUCUGCUGGGGUUUGUGUAAGCUGUGACUCUUUCCCUUCCUGAUCAUAGGUUGAGAUUGACAUGGAAAGGAGCAGUUGGCCGGGAAGGAACUUAUUCCCCAAGAGUGGUAACUAACCCACAGCCCUGCCUCGGUGUGCCCACCGCUGAGAGGCUGCAGUGACUUCCCCAAGUACCGUGCUCUGUGCUAAUUUGUUUUCAGAUUAGUCUUCCUGUGGCCUCCAACACUCGCCAGCCCUCAGAGUGUCCGUUGUGUGCAUGGGGGCAGGGGCGGGCAGCUCCUUGUCUCUCAGCUUUGACUGACUUGUCAGUAUUGGGGAUUUUUGUUCUCAGCUCCCAGGCCGCACUGAAUACAGUGUUGCUGCUUCAGUUUGGUUCUGGCCAUGAGGCCCCAAGUGGGCGCUUUGCCCUUAGGGCUGUCCUCUGACUUGCCCUCAAAGUUCACCAAUUCGGCAACUCCAUGGAGACGUUCCUGUCACUCUCAGCCCCUGUUGCUAUUAAGUCAUGUCAUGGGCACCCGAAAAAGGAACUACACUGAGGUGUAUUUUACAAUGGCUCCUUAAGAUUCUCAGUGGAGAUUAGAAGCAGCACUGCACUUUUCUAAUUGAAAAAUGGCCUUGGAUCACUAAACUAGAUAGAGAAGGGCACACCACGCCCCCGCGCACCAGGAGCCAAAACUCACGCUCGGGCAGCAGCAGCUGAGGCUUGAGGAAGCUGGUGUCCUAAGACACUGAAACCCAGUGCUCAUCGGAGCUGCCAGCCACAGGUUUCUCUUCUUUUCUGAGUUCUCCAGUCUUGUGAAAGAGGAGAAUUUCCCAGUCAGGUAGCCAGGAGAACAGUGCCACACUGUGAUUGUGCCACCCUGUGAUUGUAUAGCGUGUUGUUUGUUCCAGUAAGCAGGCAGGCCCAGAGACUGCUUUCUCAGCACCGCACAGAUCUCAGUGGGUCACAUAACUUGCUUUACACUCAUCUUGUUGUGUCAGAAAUAAAGUGUUCGUGCUUUUCCUUGUCAGGAGUCCCGUGUUUGUCACUUGUUGCAUGGUUUUAUGUUUCCCGCUGUGUGAGCAUAAACACUGUGCAGUUUUCCUGCUUGCCAGCCUGUGUGCCAUCUGUUCCUCACAGCCUCUGAGAUGUCUCAGGUGAGAGCCAUGGGAUGGAACCAUAAAGUCCCCAUCUCAAAGUGUGCCUGUGGGACAGGGUUAGUAGGUACUCCCUGAGGCCCCAACCCGGGAAAUACUGCAGUGUUCCUUCCUGCAGACCUUGGAGCCCUGACCAGGCCAGUCUUGGGCACUGCUUAGAUGGCUGUCAGCUUCGAACUGGUGAAGUAAGGAUUUGGUUCCAGAAACCAGCCUGACAUGAGAACAAGCCAGGGUGUCUUCCUGGUGAGUUCUAUUCAUGGUCGUUCUCAGGAAAACUGUGCGUUCCCUUUGUGUGUACGUUUCUCACCCCUUAACCACUUCAGUGUCAAAAAAGUUCAUCUUGUGUCUUCUGAAAGUGAAGUCCCAUAAGGAAGUUGGGAGAGAAUGUGCAAGGUGCACACACGCAUGUACACACACAACACAUACAGCCUAUUUCACAUUCUCAGACUUUUAGUUUCUGCUUUAUAACCACAUUUAAAAUGUAUUCUUAAUGUACUGUAGUGUGUGUGAGCCGUUGUUCAGAGGUGUGAAGUGUACCAUGUAGUCUCACACAGGUGGACUGUGGAACAGUUUUUAUGGGAUUUUGCCCCUGCUUGCUUUCAUCCUGUAACCUGGCCUGUAUUAUACAAGAAAACGAGCAGGGCAUUUCAAGAGAAUAUGUUGCCUAACUGCUGGGUUGGCUGGGACCUGCUCUGAAGGGAUCCCUCAGUUCACCGAUUAGCAAGCCAAGGUCAGUCCUUGCUGUUGAUGGAGCUGGGAGGAGGAGGGACCUAAGGACUCAGGACAGAGCAUCUCACGUGAAGUUCUGUGUGGCAGUCAAGUGUUCCUCGUGGAGUCAGCCUGAGGUAGAUUUCCAGGGAAGCCUUUUCCUCAUUACCAGUGUGUGAUGUCACAACUAAAACUUGUUGUGUUAGUAACGUCUAAGGCCAUGUUGCCUUUGUCUUUAGAGUGAUUCCUGGCUGUGCCCACCACUCCUGCAUACUGUGCUUAUGUGCGUGCUGUGCUUUGAUGGGGAGGAGGGCAGGUUCCUGUGCAGCCAGGGUUCUUGCUCCUUGCAUGGCAGGAUGAGAAGGAAGGCCUAAGAGAGGCUGGCCAGGGGCUGGGUGUAGACACAGUGGGUGCAUUCUGUCUGGAGCACCCAGAAGGAGCUGUGUGCUGCUGGAGAGGAGGCUAAUUGUUGGUCAGACUCCUCCUCCCCUUAUCACUCUCCUCCUCCUCCUCCUCACAGUUGCUCUGCAUCUUUAAAGAGUAUUAGCUUCUGCUUCCGGACUCAGUCUUGGUUGAGUGGCCACUUCCAGGGGUCUGCGGGGUUAGGCAAGUGGCAGAGGAGGGUUCUUAUUUGAGGCUUUGCUGGGCUCAUCUGCUGUGUCCUGGGUAGUCCACUCAUGUUCUUGCCGGGUGAGUCCAUGCUCAGGAGAAUGCGGUCCACCUUUCUGUGCACUCUAGCUUCCCUCUCUUCAGGUUGAUAUA